AAAAUGUUUCAAUCCCUUUUCGGUUGCUGAACCCAGAGAAAGAAAGAGGAGAACAAAGAUAUUUACUCUGAAAUUCCAGAAAGUAAAUAAAGACAGUUACUCAGAGUUAUUCGAUAAGAAGGAGAAAUAAGAUGAAAAUCAAAAACAAGAGCCAACGGUCUCUCCUAAAGCGAGCAAUUAAGAGAGUGAAUGACUCUUCUUACAAGUCAUGUAUUCAGGCUGAUGACCUUCAGGAGAUAAUAGAGAAGAAUUUUAUUCAAUCAGAGAAUGGUGAAAUAGCUCACAAGGGUGUCUAUCUAGCAGAAAUAUUUGAACAACCAUAUUUCUUGCUUGCCAAUGAGCACGAACAAGAUGAAUUUCUGAAUUCUUUGAAGGUCAAUUGCUUCUUGCUGCUGAUCUGCAAUGAGAAUCAGCAGAGGAAUAAGAGUGUCAAAUGAGGUGAGCUAGUAAAACUGGUGAUAGAGGAAGCUAAAAAGAUUAGCUAUGAUCUCAACAAUUCAAAAGUAGAUACUGAAAACUACAAGUUUCACCGACGGGAUCCAGCAACUUUAGAAGUACUAGGAGUUCUUUUUGCUAGUGCUAUCUUACCCUUCAUCAAUUUACUUUAUGAAGAUCUUGAAGGAGACGAAGAAUUUGAUCAUCUUGUCAAAAAUGCUACGACCAACAGCAAGGUUUUUAUAAAAUUUGCUAAAUUCAUGAUGAAGAACUACAUAUUUUCCUCAUCAGAAAAGAAGGAAAGGAAGAAGGGGCAGACUGUAACCUACAAACCAUUCAAAUUUAAAGAAAAAUUAGCUAAUGCGUUCCAUUAUUUCUUUGAAAUCAAAACUAUAAGAAAACGGUUCCUUUACUUUGCCAUGAACCACAGGGAUAUCUGUCUAGCUCCAGACCAGGAUGAAAUUGACGAAGAGCCAAAACAGCAGCUUAAUUUCAGACCUGAGUAUGAGUCUCCAAACCAAAAACAAUUAAUAGUAGAGAAUCCGUUCUUAGACAGAAGUGGAGUCUAUGCCUCAGAAUACCCAGCUGGGCUAGAAAAAAAACAACACAGCGUUCCUGACUUCUACACUGCUGAGCCCACGGAAGAGGUAGUUGAUACUGACGAUAAAUUUGGGUCCCUAAGUAACUUAAUUGAAGAGCAUGAAAGAGCUUCGGACAUAGACUUCAACCAGACCUUGUACAGACAUGACGAUACAAUGGUUCUCGGCAGGAAAAGUAACCUCUCAUUUGUUUCGACAAACGCCAAUAUCAUUAAUAAUAAAGAGGCUGAUUUCAAACAGGAACUUAAUGAAAAAUACGGUCCUGAUUUACUUAAUGUCCUCGAAAUUUAUUUUAAAAGGAACAUUAAGAACGGCGUUUACAGCUGUGAUUCUGAAUCAUGCAAUAUCGCAGGACUUUUUGAGAAGCUAGAGCAAGAGUAUAAUGAACAAAGCUCUGAUGAUGAGAUCAUCUUAAAGCAUCGUUUGAGUCAAUCUUUUAGACACAGUUCUCAUUUAGGAGAUCAAGAUGAGUCAUUUAUAACAGCUCAGGAUUACAUGAAGUCGGUUCUAAAGGCACAGACUAGCACUAGAGAUUUUUAUGAAUUUUUCUAUGGAAAUUACUCUUGCUGCAUCGGAAUCAUCAACUCUUACCUCAGAUUGCUGGAAGUUUAUGAUGAUUUUACCUUCUCUUGUGAGGAAUUGCGAAACCCUAAGAAGGAAUGCCACCGCACUAAAAUCUUUGAGACUGACUUAUUAGAAGAAUUUGAAAAAGAGAAUGAAACAAAUAUAAAAUCUGAUGCCUUAAACGAGGAGUUCAAAAACUUUGAUGAUCAUGACUUAUUAAUCGUGCCCAUAUUUACGGAAAACACUCUUUUGAUCUUCGCAGUGGCUCUAGAUGUAGAAAAAUCUCAUGUAAGGCUCUACUAUCAGGAGGAUAAAGUGUCUGAAGAAGAUGAUGAACGUAUGACUGAGUACAGCCAGAUCAUCAUAAAUCUCCUAGAAAGAGCUUAUCAAACAGCAAAUAUGAAUUUUGAUGAUAGAGAAAUUGAAGGUUCAACCAUAGGAGUCAAGCACAUCCCUGAGAUGGUCCAACGAAUCGAGGAACUUAUUGGCAUCGCUCCAGAGAGUGAAAUUGAUAUAUCUGAAGAAAAUAUUAGACAUACAAUUAUUGAUAGGCUUCUGGCUGUACAGAACUUAUAAAUUUAUCAAUAUUCCUGGUGAG